CUAUCACUGUCAGCCGAGUUCGUAACCACACUCUUCUGGCUCCUCUCACAUGGCUUUACACUGACUACUAGCAAGACUUUAAAGCGUUUUUGGAUCUUUUGUGGCGAACGGCAUUUGUAGUGAACACAAGGGCUGUUGUGCUUUUAUGUGAAGAAGAGUAAAACAACAGCAUUUUUGCUUACUGGAGAAGAGUGUCUAAUGAGACGGCGUGAGUGACGUGCUGUAUCCUAGAGAGGGGGGGUGACCAGCGGCGGUGGUCUCUUGGAUCUCACCCCUCCUGAUGUGGAAGAUGAUGAACCACCGUUCAUGGCUGCUGUUCCUAUUGCUGCUGUAUGUUGUGUCCAGUGUAUGGGGUUACCCUUUCAAACCCCCGCUGGACCUGGAUGUGACCCCUCGAACUACAGUCCUCUUCAAAGGGCUGUUGGGUUGCAGGCGCUUCAGAGGCCUGACACUGAACUACAGUUUGCUGCUGUUGGAGGAAGACGCAGACCUGCUGUACGUGGGAGCUCGAGGGGCUUUGUUCGCCCUGCAGGCCAGUGACGUCUCCAGCAGCUCAGCACAGACCAUUGACUGGGAGGCAUCAGACGAUCAGAUGCGACAAUGCCUGAACAAAGGGAAAGAUAACCAGACGGAGUGUUUCAACCACAUUCGCUUCCUACAGAGGUUCAACAGUACACACUUGUACACGUGCGGCACCCAUGCUUUCAGCCCUCUGUGUGCAUACAUUGAUGGAAGGGAGUUUAAAAUCUCAUCAGGCUUUGAAGAGGGUCGAGAGAAAUGUCCAUACGACCCUUCAAAAGGCUACACUGGGCUGAUAAUUGAUCAGCAGAUGUACACAGCAUCCCAGUAUGAGUUCCGGAGUUUUCCAGAUAUCCGACGCAACUCUCCGAACCCCAUAUUGAAAACAGAGGAGGCUCCGACUCAGUGGCUACAGGAGGCUGAUUUUGUGGGUUCAGCGCUGGUCAGAGAGAGCCUGAGCAGCUCAGCAGGAGAUGACGAUAAGAUUUACUUCUUCUUCACAGAGAAAAGCCAAGAGCUCAGUCCAUACUUCAGCCACAGCAGAGUAGCACGAGUCGCCCGCGUGUGCAAGAGAGACAGAGGAGGUCUCCUCACAUUACAGAAGAAGUGGACGUCCUUCCUGAAGGCACGUCUGGUGUGUUCUUUACCUGAUUACGAAUUUCAUUUCAACGUGUUGAGGAGUGUGUUUUUCCUGGAAGGCUCCAGCUCUCAGGACUCUGCUUUCUAUGGCAUCUUUGGCUUGGAAUGGAAAAAUGUCAAAGCGUCUGCCAUCUGCCAGUACUCCAUUUCGGAUAUCCAGUGGGCCUUUGAUGGGCCUUACAUGGAGAGCAAAGAAGACUCCAACUCCAAAUGGACUCAGUACACAGGGAAGGUGCCAGAACCACGACCUGGCUCGUGCAUCACAGAUCAACUUAGAGAAAAAGGCAUCAACUCAUCCAUCAACCUGCCAGAUGAUGUACUUCACUUUGUCCGUCGCCAUCCACUCAUGUACAGGCAGAUUCUUCCUCAAGGACAGCGCCCUCUACUGUUCAGGAGGAAUGUAGACUACACUAAAAUUGCUGUACACACAGUGACUGGUCUAAAUGGGGAGAUAUACCACAUACUCUUUAUUGGAACAGAUGAAGGUUGGCUGCAGCGAGCAGUGAAGGUUGAAGAUCAUCUGCACAUCAUUGAAGAGCUCCAGCUGUUUGAAGAGCCCCAGCCUGUGGACAGUAUAGUCAUUUCUGAGAAACAGAUGAGUGUGUAUGUAGGUUCGCCCACCUCAGUGGUGCAGUUGCCCUUGUCCACUUGCGGCAGAUACUCCUCGUGCUUCGACUGCGUGAUGGCACGUGAUCCCUUCUGUGCUUGGGAUGGACUGGAGUGUGUAGACAUUACAUCACACAACAGCAGAGCCAAUCUGACGCAGGAUAUUCAGAAUGGAAACCAGGGCUGUGAUGAAUCCACAGGAGAUGAUCAAGUGUUACACCGCUCUCGCUCUGUGAUGGCUGGCGAUGACGUUCUGCUUCAGUGUGAGCUCAGCUCCAACCUGGCAACCCCUGAGUGGACACUGAAUGGAAAUGAACUGAAAGGCUACGGACUGGACUCUGGUUUCCGUGUGGGCACUGACGGUCUUCUAGUCAUCGAAGCCCAGCCUUACCAGAGUGGCGACUACUGCUGCUUUGCUAUGGAGAACAGUGUCCGUGUUCCUGUGGUGAUCUACAGCUUGACAGUUCGCCAGGAGCUUCCAGCGCCUCCUCCUGUAAAGCCAACACAACCACGCUUCACCACAGAAAUCUACUGGACCGUUCAGUCUUCCCAAAGCGACUCGGAGGAAGACUUCAACCCCACCCCGAUGUCUCCUCGCUUCGAGUUCCUGUCUGUGAGGAACAUGGAGGCCAUGUAUCUAUCCUUAAUCACAAUCCUAGGAGGCUUGUGUUUUGUUUUAACAGUCGUCCUGCUUUAUGUGGGGUUCUGUUUGCAAGGACGGAGGGGGAAAUACUCGUUACGGGCUGAAAAGAAGCGAGGUGCCAAUAUGGAGCUCAAGACCAUCUCCAGCCACUGCAACGGGAAAUCCGACGCUCACGAUGGCCUUCUGCAGAUCGUCCCAGGAGAAGCGCAGACAUCCCCUAAUAAAGAUCUUCCUCCUGCUCCUCCUCUUCCACCUCCUCCAGAAUCGGAGUUCAUCAACGGACUCUCCGCCACUUUACCCAGCGUUUUGCGCAAGAUGAAUGGCAACAGCUAUGUGUUACUGAGACAGACAGAUGGAGACACCACAUCUCCGCUCUAUUACUCCUUCACAGAGGAGCUCAACAGGAUUCUGGAGAAGAGGAAGCACACGCAGCUGUGUAGUAAACCUGAUGAAAGCUCAGUGUGAAACUGUUUGAACUGCUGGUGUCCUCUGAAGUGUUCAAGGGCAGUGCAAAGUCAUUGCCUAAUACCCCUUCUUUACCCAGACUAACUUUAACAGGAUGCUAAUGAAUAGCUGCAGCUGCUUUUAUUGGAAAAUGACAUUGGCGUUACUCUAAAAGGGGCAGACUGGCUCUCCGUUGACAUUUCAAAUGUUGCAUUUUUGAGUAAGGAAAACCCUUCGGUUACAAAAUAGCAAAGAACAAACACAUACGAUGGAAAUUCUACCUCAGGAAAUUAUAUUGCGCAGCUCUUUGCUUGUUUCUGCUAACGUUUGUGUUGGAGAUGUACAGUCAGUGACAUAGUGUGAGCCCAUUUUAGGAAAUCAAUUAAAGGAUUUCGUUAUAGACUUGUAAUGGGCGGACCAGGACAAGGACAUUAAAGACUUGUCGCUAAUGGAGGACUGAGGUUUACUUGCACAGCUCCUACUAGCUGGCCUCUGUUACAUGUACAAGGCUGCAUUGUGAAAUAGCAACAAAAUGAAUUCAAAUUGAGCAUCUGGAUGGACCAAUUUGUGUAAAAAUCUAGUGCUGUGGGGCACUGAAUGACUUUGCUUACAUCUUAUAUUUUAACAUGUGACCCUGAACGACAAAAACCAGUCAUAAAAGUCCUUUUUGGAAACACUUUAUAAAAACUACACACUAUGAAUAAUUUAUUAAGCAUUAACAAAUAGUGAAUUCAUUAUCUGUUCAUUCUCAAAAAAAAAAGCAUACCGAGACCUACUUUAAGAGGUGGUCUCGGUACGCUUUCAAACAAACCCUGGAGCAGUUUGUUUGUGGUGAGAACAUGAUCCGAAUUAAAACAGACCCAACCGCAAAAAGUACUGCGUCUUUUGGACUUAUCCAGCUGCCGUAGUCAGAUGCGCUGUACCAUCUUAUGGGCUCUGAAGGAAAAAUACUUGUUG